AUGCGCUUCACUCCGUUCAUCGCUAUCCUCCCCGCGCUUGCUGCGGCGCAAGAGCAGGUCCCUCUGGGAGAUCGUGUGCAGGGUUGGUUUAACAAGGCCAAGGAUUACCUCCCUACCGCGACUCCCGUGGUUCCCGUUGAGAAGGUGGUCGAACAGAAGGUCCAGGAGAAGGCCGUCACCCCGGUAAACCUUACGAACUGGCAAGCCACCCUUGAACCAUCGGGGGCAGCUCAGGAAUGGCUUGUCUUCGUGACUGGAGGAAACAAAACUUGCUUUGGCCGUUGUGAGCGCGCCAACAAGGCUUUCAACGAAUCCGUCCUCUUGUUUUCCGCUGACCCUACCGCGCCCAAUCUCGGUUACUUGGACUGCGAAGCCAACCAGGUUCUCUGCUCUGCCUGGGUCGCUGGCGCACCUAGCCUUUGGCACUUCCAGGUCCCCCAGGCCCAGGAGGGACCCGAACGCCCUGAGACUCCUCUUCACAUCGUCCGUCUGAACUCGACCACCGUUACCGCCGACACCAUCUACGAGGUCCACUCCAAGAAGACUUACCAGGAUAUUCCCGCUUACGAGGGUGCCAUGCACCCGACGGACGGUUGGGUUUCUCAGAACGGACUCAUCGUUCCUCUGGGCUAUGGUAUCUACGCUUUCAGCUUGAUCCCUCAAUGGCUUUUCAUGGUCCUCAUCAGUUUCGUCAGCCGGUCUAUGAUACAAAAACCAGACAAAAUGGCCGAACUCGAACGUCUCCCUCCCUCCACAACCGCGUACGUGAUCGCAACCGCCAUCCUCGCCGGCGUCACAGGCUACUUCGUCGGCCAAGGGUCUUCCCUCCGACUCUUCUCGGGUGAGAAAGAAGGCUGGCCGAAUAGCUACAAUGUGAAGGUUCAUAAGGAUUCGUCGGAUGAAGACUACGAAGAUGACGAGGAAGAGGAGGAAGACAGCGAGGAUGAAGAGCAGGGCGAAUUGGCCAAUUUCGACGACAACGAGGAAGAGGUUAAGCUGGUUCUUGUUGUCCGGACGGAUUUGGGUAUGACCAAGGGUAAAAUCGCCGCUCAAUGCUCGCACGCAACCCUCGCCUGCUACAAAUACUUCCUCACGCACGCCCCCGAAUCCCCGAUCCUGCGCCGCUGGGAACGCGAAGGACAAGCCAAGAUCGCUCUACAGAUCAAAGGGGAGGACGAGUUGCAGCUGCUCCAGGCGCAGGCGAUUAGCCUUGGUCUCUGCGCACGUGUGAUCCAGGAUGCUGGACGGACGCAGAUUGCGAGUGGGAGUCGGACGGUGCUGGGUGUUUUGGGGCCGAAGAGCGUGGUUGAUAACGUGACGGGGCAUUUGAAGUUGUUGUAA